AUUAUUGAGAGGAGUAAUUACUUUUUCCAAUAAAAGAAAUCUCUCUCUAGCGUUCAGAGAGAAAGUGAAAAAUGAUAAAAAUCCUCUUCACAUAAUUAUAUUUAUAAAUAUUUUACUAUAUAUGGGAAUAAGAUUCCUAAGCUUAAAAUAAGGGAGAGAGAGAAUUUGGGGGGUAAUCGAAGCUGUAGAGUAAUGCGAAUUUGGGGUUUUGUUUUUUUUUCCUUCCUUUGAAUUUUUCGUCACAGAUCGGUUUUCGUGGAAAUUUCUGUGAGCGAAAGAAUUUUGUCGGAUUUUGAUUCACUUAAGGGAAUAGUUGUGUACUGCACAUUCUCUCAAAUGGUGUUCCGAGAUUCACUUAAGCAGCCAAAGAUGAAAGUAGAAGGUGUAGAACAUGAAUCACCUGUAAUGGCUGGUUUGCAAAGUCAUGUCUCAUUGCAGCUUCCGCUGCCUUCCAAUCAGAAUUUGAGAAUUUCACCAGAUGAUUGGCAUUUAUUGGCAUAUCUUCUCUUAGUUCAUAAAACUAAUACAAAAGGUGUUGGGCAAGAUUUGCUGGACAAGGAAGUGCAUGCUUUAACUUUUGGCUACAUGGGACUAAAUGGAAAAAAACCUAUAAUUGUGGUAAGAUCGGGAGAAAAUCAUGGUGGACAAUCAUCGGAUAACAGUCUACUACCCGGUCUUAAUGAUGACAUGGCACUGGACAUACUGGCAUGGAGCAGCAGAUCCAACUAUCCAAAUCUGGCCUGUUUAAACAGAAAAUUUAGGUCACUUAUAGGCAGUGGAUAUUUAUAUAAACUGAGACGUCAGCUUGGCAUAAUUGAACACUGGGUUUAUUUGGCCUGUAAUAUGAUGCCUUGGGAAGCUUUUGAUCCUAUGAGACAGAAAUGGAUGAGAUUACCUAGGAUUCCAUGUGAUGAUUGUUUUACUUGUGCUGACAAGGAAUCUCUUGCAGUGGGGAGUGACUUACUUGUAUUUGGUCGUGAGUUGUCAGGAUUUGCUAUUUGGAUGUAUAGUUUGGUUACCCACAAUUGGUCUAAAUGCCCCCUAAUGAAUUUGCCUCGUUGUCUGUUUGGUUCUAGCAGCCUUGGGGAGAUAGCCAUUGUUGCUGGGGGAAGUGAUAAGAAUGGCAAUGUCCUACAAUCUGCUGAACUCUACAAUUCUGAAGUAGGUACUUGGCAAACAUUGCCCGACAUGAACUUCCCGCGUAAACUAUGUUCGGGAUUUUUUAUGGAUGGGAAGUUUUAUGUGAUUGGGGGCAUGUCAAGUCAUACAGAUUGUUUGACUUGUGGUGAAGAGUACAAUAUUGAGACAAGGUCAUGGAGGAGGAUAGAAAAUAUGUACCCUGGUCGCGAUGCAGGUACGUUUCAUCCUGCUAUGCGUUCACCUCCUUUAGUUGCUGUUGUAAAUAAUCAGCUUUACUCUGCUGAUCAAGCAACUAAUGAAGUUAAGAAAUAUGAUAAGGUUAAUAACUCAUGGAGUGUUGUGAAGAGACUACCUGUGAGGGCGGACUCUUCCUACGGUUGGGGGCUGGCAUUUAAAGCAUGCGGAAACAGUUUACUAGUAAUAGGAGCUGGAGGUCAUGGAGGGCAUGAUGAUGGAGUAAUUGUUCUGCAUUCUUGGAAUCCAGAGGAGGGAAACAGGGAUGGACAAGAGUGGAAUGUGCUUGCUGUCAAGGCACGGGCAGGUGCUUUUGUGUAUAAUUGUGCGGUAAUGGGCUGUUAAUGAGAGUUGCCGCAUCUUUGGUGCAAACAUCGACAUCUGGAAGACCAAGAUCAACGAUCCUCUAUCUGUUAUAAUUUUUAUUGUCUCAGUAUCAUUAAUUUUAUUGUUCUUUUUCCCAUUUUAUGAUUCAGAAGAAUAAUUGACCUCGAAUCAAUUUCUUAAAGUUAUCAA